UAGUAUUAUUGUACGAAGGGGACAGACUCAACAACUACACUAACAACAAAACAAUUCAGAGAUGAGUGCUGAGUGGUCUUUUCGUUUAUAAUUUCGACUUGACAGUUCUCUAUAAAAUAGCCUGUCUACAUUACAAAGGUAGAAAUAAGGUAGAAAUUUAGGGGAUUACACUGAACUUUCUCAGUAUAAAAGAAAGAGCCUCAAACAUUCAAAACCACUUAAACAUCCCUCCAAUUUCUUUCCAUAUAUGCUCCAUGAACAGAAGCUCAUAACAAGACCUCUGUUUUAUCCAUAUUGCUAUGGACUCCUCUAAAAAUCUUCUCCUUUUUAUUCUCCUUAUAUUCUCUACCUUUUUCAUGCAAUUAAUUCCUUGUUUAUCUACUAAGCAAUCAGUGAUUCUACCCCUAAGAGCCAAGAAAAUAUCAUCUAUGUCCCUCCCAAAACCUCCUAAUAGAGUUGCUUUCCACCAUAAUGUUUCCCUUACUGUCUCUCUAUCUGUUGGCUCGCCUCCACAGCAAGUUACUAUGGUCCUCGAUACCGGGAGUGAACUCUCUUGGCUUCAUUGCAAGAAGACUCCAACCACACCUUCCACAUUCAACCCACUAGUUUCUUCUUCCUACUCUGCUGUCCCUUGUUCUUCCACUACAUGCAGAACAAAAACCCGGGAUUUCUCUGUACCCGUUUCUUGUGACCCGAAAAAACUCUGCCAUGCUACUCUGUCAUAUGCCGAUGCUUCUUCCGUUGAAGGUAAUCUCGCUGCGGAGACUUUCCGUAUCGACAAUUUGAAUUUACCCGGGAUGGUGUUUGGGUGCAUGGACUCGGGUUCAAGUUCAAACCCGGAUGAAGACUCCAAGACAACCGGGUUAAUAGGAAUGAACCGUGGAGCGUUAUCUUUCGUUUCACAAACGGGUUACCCGAAAUUCUCAUAUUGCAUUUCGGGUCGUGACUCUAACGGCGUUCUGUUAUUCGGAGAAGCAAAUUUGUCAUGGCUCAGACCCCGAAAAUACACUCCGUUAGUUCAAAUGUCAACUCCGUUACCCUAUUUUGACCGCGUAAAACAUACGGUCCAAUUGGAAGGAAUUAAAGUUGCGGGUACGGUUUUACCCUUGCCCAAAUCCGUAUACGUACCGGAUCAUACUGGAGCGGGUCAAACCAUGGUUGACUCGGGUACCCAAUUUACGUUCCUACUUGGCCCGGUUUACACCGCAUUAAAAAAUGAGUUCAUGAGGCAGACCAAAGGUGUGUUGAGGAUCUUGAAUGACCCAAAUUUCGUAUUCCAAGGGGCAAUGGACUUGUGUUAUCUAGUGGAGUCGACUCGUACGACACUACCAACGUUACCUGCGGUAACUUUAAUGUUUCCAGGUGUUGAAAUGAGUGUCACUGGUGAAAAAUUACUUUACAAAUUAGCAGGGGUGACACGAGGGAAGGAUCAAGUGUAUUGUUUUACAAUUGGAAAUUCAGACUUAUUAGGGAUAGAGGCAUACGUCAUUGGACAUCAUCACCAACAAAAUUUCUGGAUGGAAUUUGAUCUGGCUAACUCUAGAGUUGGAUUAGCUGAAGUUAGUUGUGAAUUAGCAAGUCAAAAAUUAGGACUAGGCUUAUAGAAUCUUUUAUUUAAGUUGGCAAUUUGUGUUUUUGUAAAUAAGCAAGCAUGUAGGCACUGUGUGGACAUGGGAAGUACUGUUUUUUUGUUUGAUGGAAGAAAGGACAGCCAAAGGUGUGAAAAUUGGAAAGUGUGACAAAAGAUUUUUUCUGUUCUCAAUUUGUGGGCACCAUUACGUUUACAGUACUAUUUUACUAACUUUAGUUUGGCUUCUCAUGAAGCAGCUGGCCUGGA